AAUAAUAAGAAGAAAAAAAACAACCAUGUAGUUGUAGAAAAUAUUCAAAAAGAAUGCUCGUUUGUUUUAAAGAAAAAAAAGAAGGAUAUAUAUGUUACUAAUAGCAAACCUAUACAAAUAUAUAAUGAAAGGAUUAUUAAAUUAUUAAAUGAGAAGACUCAUAAAAAUGUUGAAGAAAUUAUAGAAGGAGAUAAUAAUAAAGAUUUAAAUAUAAAUGGAUAUACAGAUGACACAGUUUUUAUACAUGCUGUUGGUUUUAAUAUAUUAAAAGCUUCUUAUAUUGUUCAAGAUCUUUUUUCUUAUUAUUAUCAGUUUCUAAAACAUAUUCAAGCAACUACAACUGUAGAUAAUAAUAAUAAUAAUAAUAAUAAUAAUAAAAAUAAUAAUAUUACAGAAAAAAAGAAGAAAAAAGAAGAAAAAAGAAAUCUUUCAUCAUUUAUAGAUAUUCAUAUUGAAUGUAAUACACUCAUCAUGAAUGACAACAUUGUAACGAAUACAUAUGAUAUGGUUCAAUAUUUUAAUCAUAAUGACAACAAUGAUAAUCACAAUAGUUUCUAUGAUCAAUGCGAUAACUUGAUAAAAUUUGCAUCCACUAAAUACGACCCCCUCAAGCACAAAUACUCAGAGAGAUGCAAAGAAAGAAGAGUAACAAAAGUAACCAUAGGCAUAAAGAAAUUACCAAAUAAAUGA